AUGUCGGACGCCGAAGAGUACAACAACGACAUCGACGGCGCUGAACACAUUGACGACACCAUGCCCGAGGAACACGAAGGCAGUGAUCAGCUAGAGCAAUCACCUGCUGACGGCGAGGUGUCCUUAGACGGCGCUGUUGCCGAGAGUGACCACACAUCCUCUGAAAAGGAAGGUGGGGAGCUUGUAGCAGACGAAGAAGCCGUAGAACAAGCUGACGAGCCCGAAGAUGACAUCAAGAACAACCAAGAAGAUGCAGCAGAGGUCGAGGAAGCGAAGGGCACAGCCCAAUCGACGCCUACCGCAACACCUACACGUCCUGCUGCUGGCAAAGUCGGCGCGACGCCAAUCACUGCACGUCGUCCUGUUGGUGCAGCCGCUACCUCUGCAACCGCAGCUCGUCGAGCCGUGCCCGGAACCCGACCCUCCGUGAUAGGCGCCCCUACCGCCAGACCAUCGACCACCACCACUGCUGCGACGGGUGCAGCUCGUCCAGGUGAUGCAGCACGACCAAGUGUGACCGCACCCAGAAGCUCCUCUGCUGCCACAACCGCCUCCAGACCCGGCACGACCACGGCAGGCACGGUCACCGCUCGCCCAGGAGUCACUGCCCGAGCCAGCUUGGCUCCAAGCAGUACAACCGCAACCAGUGGCAUAGCACGAGCAGGCACCACCGCAGCUAGACCUUCCACAGCAGGUACAGCCGCUAGAACCGCAGCGACCGGAAUCGCAGCCACAGCAGCAGCUCGACGAGUUUCUAUGGUGCCUGCCUCGCCUGCUCGCUCAACGGUGAGCGCAACUGGCGCUACUACUGCACGCAGGCCGGUUGGAGCCGCUUCAACUACCGCAUCGACCGCUUCCACUGGCACUGCCGCCGUGCGUAGGCCUGUUGGAGCUGCCUCUGCUGCCGCGACCACAACCGCGGCCGCUGCCCGAAGGCCGCCCGUGUCGUCGAGUGCUGCUGCGCCCGCCACUUCCCUUGCAGCAAAGGGGGCUUCGGUGGCUGGCUCAAGCGCCUCAUCGGGUGGUGCUGCCACCUCCACUACCGCUGCUGCUCGACGUGCCUCUAUAACGAGCAACGGCACAAGCAACACGGGAGCAGCUGCUCGACCCGCGUCGGUGGCACGAUCCAGCUUGGCUCCCACAGCACGGGCAGGUGCGACCACCGCCGCUGCUUCCUCCGCCACUGCUGCUGCCGCCGCUCGUAGAAGCCUUGCGCCGGGCGGAGCUUCCGCGAUGUCUGCGGUGAAGGACCUGCAAGACAAGGUGGCCAAGCUCGAGGCCGAACUUGCUGAGCAGAGCGACCAGCUUGACCAACUCAAGAGCGACCUGGAGACUAAGGACGAAGAGCUGCAGGCCAAGACUGUCAGUCUCUCUGCUGCAGAAGCCAAGUUGGCCGAGGCCAAGGACGACGCUGAACCGACCGCAGACUCCUCAGAUCGCAUCCAAGAGCUUGAAGCUGAGAUCGAGCAACUCAAGGCCCAAAUUGGCUCGAAGGAUAAGCAGCGCUCCGACCAAGCAUCCCAGCAAGAUUCGGCUUUGGCUGAGAAGGAGGAAGCCAUCGCAGCUGCGCAGAGCAAGAUCGACGACCUGGAGUCGAAGCUGACAGAGGCACGUUCGGCACUGGAUAGCGCCUCGGCUGCUCAAAAUAAAAGCACCAAGGAGGGCGAUCAAAUUCAGGCUGCAGCCCUCGCAGACUUGAAACAGCAGCUCGACGCAAGUCUCAACAAGAUCGAAGAACACGAGCUCAACUCCAAGCAAGCUCGCGAGGAAGCCGAGGCCGCAAAGAGCAGCAUGGCCGAGCUCCAGAAGCAGAUCGAGAAAUUGUCUUUCCAGCAUGAGCAGAAGGUCAGCGAUGGCGAUAUUGCAUCGGAGGAGCUCGCUGAACAGCGCCAGGCUCACGAGUCCGCGAUUGCUGCCGCUACUGCUGCUGCCAAAGAGGCCAGCGACAAGGAAGCAGCGUUGGUUUCCCAGAGCGACAAGCUGCAGGCUGAGCUCGACGAAAUCAAGGCACAGUUGCAGGAUGCGCAGAAGAAGGCCUCUGAAGCAAGCGCAGCUGGUGAACAAGGUGAUUCGAGCUUGGCCGACAAGGAGGCCGAGCUCAUUGCGCUGAAGAAGAGCAACGAGGAGUUGCAAGAGCAGGCUGAAGAGCUUGUCGCCUUGAAGAAGGAGAACGAGGAGCUGAAGAAGCAGGCAGACGAACUCAUCUCCCUCAAACAGCAGAACGGCGAGCUUCAGGAGCAGGCUUCUGAGCUGAAGACUCUCAAGAAACAGAAUGAGGAACUCCAAAAGCAGGUUUCGGAACUCGCCGAGCUGCAACAACGCAACCAGGAGCUCCAAGACCAGAUCAAGAGCAAUGCAACCACCUUCGAAUCGAAGCUAGCUGAAGCUGUGGCAUCGGCAGAGGCGGCGGCUCUCGCGAAGGCCAAGCAAGACCAGCAGCAAGAGCGAGCCGCGAGCGAGACCCAGCACGGCGAGUUGCUCACCCAGGCGAUCGAACAAGCCCGUGCUGAAGCGGAGCAGAAGCAUGCAGCCGUUCUGGAAGAUGCUGUCAGCAACGCACGUUGUGAGCUCUCGGUGGAGCACGCUAAGGCACUCGAGCGCGCACUGGAAGAAGCCAAGUCCAAGCACGAUGAGGAGAAGGCAAGUGAACUCGAUGCGGUCCGACGUGAGGUCGAGGAGAAGACCCGCGCUGCGUUGCAAAAGGAGCACGAGUCUGCUCUUGAAGAGGCUCGAGCUGCGGACGCGUCGCGACAUGCUCAAGAGCUGUCCACCCUGGCAACUGCACACGAGACUACGCUUUCGCAGACGCGUGACGAGCACGCUUCUGAACUUGCUUCUCGCAACGAUGCCGCUGAAAAGCGUGUCAAGGAGUUGCAGCAGACUCUCGAACAGGUCAAGGCACAACUUGCAGGUCAGGAAGCCAAAUAUGCUGCUCAAGUUGCCGAGGUCAAAGCGGAGCACGACCAGAAGGUCAUGGACGCUUUCGAGAAGGCACGAGCCGAAGCUGGUGACAAUCACUCGACCGAUCUGCAGAGCCUCAAGGAGCAGUCGUCCAAGACGGUCGAGCAGAUGCGCAAAUCUCACGCUGAUGAAUUGGAGGCAGUCAAGGUAAGUCAUGCCACAGCGUUGUCCGAAGCUGACCAGCGACACGCUGGUAACCUCAAGCGCGUUCAAAUGGAGCUUAGCGCCGCACAAGGCGAUCUCAAGAAGAUCAAGGAUACGUGUGCUCAGUUGCAAACCGAGAAAGAGGCUAGCGAAGCACGUGUCAAAGCGCUUGAAGCAGAGCUCGCCUCAGCCAAGGAUGAAGUCAAGCGAGCUGUCUCGGACUCAGCUGCUGCCAGCUCGACCGAGACUGCUUCUCUGCGAACGAAGAUCGAACAAUUGGAGCAGGAGCUGGAAGAAGUCCGCAACGCGCACAAUCAAUCACAGACUGCAUUCGCCGAGCAGCUUGACGCCAUCUCGUUGCAACACACGGCUGACAAGGAGGCUCUGAUGCAGAAGCACGUCGAAGAGGUCGGUCAGCUCACACAAAAGCAUGAGGAGGCACUCGUUCCCUUCCGCGAGAAGGGUCUGCAGGAUCUCAAAAAGCUCAUGGAUCUUCAAGACAAGCUAGACGAGGCGGAACGAGCCCUCGAAGCUGCCAACAAGGAGCUGGCGCUCAAUGCUUCCAAGCUUGCCGCCAACACUGCUACCACCGCUGCCAGCUUGCUCGACGGGCAAGGCAAGGAGAACCAGGAGAUGAGCGAUCUGGAACGUCUUCACGCUGCUCACACUGAGAAGGUGGCUUUCCUAACCAACCAGUAUCAUGAGCUCUUGGCCGAAUGUCGUGCUGAACGUGAUGAGCUCGAGAACACCCGUCGCGACCUGCAAAAUUCCAAGAUGGAGAACCGGUUCCUCACUCAGAACCAGGAAGAUGUCAACAAGCUUAAGCAGGAGAUUGAACAGCUGGAGGAUCGUCACCGCGAAGUCUCCGCUUCUGCGACUGCGACAUGA